CGGUCAAAGUCCGCCGGCUAGAAACAGGCACUAGGCUGAGUGGAGCAAACCGCAGGACUCUCCCUACCAGCGAUAUGGUUGACGGUGCUGCGACCACACAGGCGGCCUUGAGGAGACUGAGCGGGCCCGGGAAAUCCGUGCUUUCAGAAACCAAAUGUUCUCAAUUACUCCACUCAAAACCUAGCAAGAACUUCAUGUAAAUUUGCUUUUGGGUUUACAUUCAGUUUAAAUUGAGACUUACCUCUAACAUGAAUGUACAGCUGAGAUUCCAGUCUGCACUACAGUGACUCAGUUGGAAAGGGAAACAAUUUUGAAGGUCAUAUAACAAAGGGUCUUCAUCUGGGCAGUUGUUGCUUAUGAGCUACAAACCCAAGUCCAAGGAACUGGAUGUAAAUGUACUUGGUCUUGCUGAAAUAGUUGUAUGAAGCAACUCUGAGUAGGUCUACUCAGAAAAUGACCAGUGGUCAGGAGAGCAAUGCGUCCUUCUGUGGUGAACAGACAGCUGCUUCAGAAAGUUCUCAAGGAAAAAGGUCUCAUAAUUGUGAAGAGGAAAUAUUUUAUAGGAACUGCAGAGCAGCCUACUUAGCUAUCUUUAAAAGCAGCCUAGAAAACAUUAAAUCAAAAGAACAACUGUGUUUAGUACUUCAACAAGCAGGUAGAAAUCCGUCUUGGCAGACAGCUGAUAAAUACUGGACACUCCAAACCACCUCAUUGAAUUUUGAUGAUUUUUGUUACAUCUUGAAAAAAGAACCCCCUGUUCAGGAAACAGAGCUACUCAAAGCCUUUGCAAAGAUGGAUGCAAAUAAUGAUGGCUAUAUCUCACAUAGUGAACUUCAUAACAUUCUUACCACAAAAGGUGAAAAAAUGACUCUUGAUGAAGUUAAUGCGAUCACCAAGUUGAUUGAAGUGAACAGUGAUGGCAAGUUUUACUAUUACAAGUUUUGUAAAUUGUAUAUGACAACCUGCGAACAGUGUCUGAAGAAUGCAGUACAGAAACUGGAAGUUGAUAGUAAACUGAAGUGCCAGCAGUUUGGAAAUCAAAUUGAUUCCUUUUCGGAAAUGGCAAAAUUACCAGAUUCAAAACCAAAAACUGCAAGAAAAACAAAACCAACGCCAACGCUAAAAGGAGGUUACUGCAAGUCUUCUUUGCAGCCUUCCUUAAUUAGAAGUUGCAAAAUCUCUGUGACAUCCACUAUCAGUAUGGGUGCCAGCAGCAACAAAAAAUCCAAGCUCAUUGAAGCAAAUACAGUACAGGAGUGGCAUUGUGCAUAUUCCAAAGGAUGUUUUUUCUUGGAAGACAAUGAUGAAAUAGUUAGUCAUAAAUACAAGUUAUUUUUACCUCAGAAAUCAACAGUUUGUAUCACCAUUAAGCCUCUACGUUUUAGCCAAAUGGAAGCAAAACGUUCUCCAUGUUUAGCAGUGGACAUGGCUUUGUAUAUUUUAAAGGAAAAUGAAACUGAAGAAAAACUAAAGGUUGUGAACUUCACUGAUCUACGAAAUAAGGAGACUUCUGGUUGGAGAGGAGAACUUGGAGCUGGUGUUUACUGGGUAGUUCCUUUCACCACUGGCUGUAGAUUCAAGAAAAUGAAAAAGAACAUUUCAGAAGAAGCCAAACUCAUAUGCGAAGAUGGUGAAGGAUGCUUGGCACUUACUGAGGAGUUCAGAGCCACUUUGUCAGAAAUAUUUGAAAUGAUUGAUCUGGAUGGGAAUGGUUUUGUCAGCCUGGAAGAAUACAACUUCUUUGAAAUGAGAACCAGUGGUGAGGCAUGUGAUGAAGAAGCUUGGGUGAUAUGUAAACAGAAUUUUGAUACAAAGAACAAUGAACUAACAAAACAGGGAUUUAUGGAUCUGAAUCUCAUGGAAGCCAGUGAACGAGGAGGAGAUCUUACUGAUCUCUGGAUUAUGUUGAUGUCAAUGGGCUACAAUAAAGCAAUGGAAUUGACUGAGGCAUGUCCUUUUUCUAUUCACAUCUAUGCAGAAAAGUGCAAACCCAAAAUUAAACCCCUUUGUCUGGAAACAGGUGGCGGGCAACUUAACAAAGCCGUUUGUUUGAAUGUAGUUAAUAAUGGAGAUGCUAAGCCAAUGGACAACAGUGAAAAUAUAAUUAUUCACACACAUAAAAGUGAUACACGGAUAACUUCUGUAAUUGAAAACAAGACUGAAGGCAAAACAAUAAUUCACCUCAACAAUGAGAAAAGUAAGAAUUGUGUGAAUAAUAGGGGACUGGAUGCAUUUGCUAUUGAAGUGGCACCCAAAUCCAUGAUGGUUUGUCAGCAUGUGAUGCCCCUGAAUGAACAAGAAGAAUGGAUAUACAACUGUGUUUAUUCUAUCUUAGCUUAAGCUAUCAUAGUUACAAAGUAGGGGUCCACAUGCAGUAAAAAGGAGACUCUCACAUACACAAUACCAUGACAUUGCCAAGUCUUGGAGAGAGGUUAGUAGUUUCUAGAUCAGAAGUUUUGGCCCCUUCCGCACACGCAAAAUAAUGCGUUUUCAAACCACUUUCACAACUGUUUGCAAGUGGAUUUUGCUAUUCCACACAGCUUCAAAGAGCACUGAAAGCAGUUUGAAAGUGCAUUAUUCUGCAUGUGCGGAAUGAGCCUUUGUGUAGUUGUAGGGUUGCCAUAAGUGAGGAAGUCUGACAUAAUUGAGCAAGAACCUGCUCAUCUAUAUCUGAAUAUGAGCAAUAAAAUGAGAUAUUUCACCUCUCAUUGACUGUGCUGUAUAGGAGAAUGUCCCCCAAGACUGAUUAUGUUUCAAGAAAAUGUGCCUCAUGAUAUGUGUCUCCUGACCGUUAUUUCAGUCACCAGUCUAUAUAGUGUUGGGGAAGAGCGUGGGGGAUGGGAUUGGGUUGUGAUUAAUUGGAAUUGAAGGAAGCACUUUUCCUAAUCCCACUUUCCUCCCUUAAUCCUUUUAUCUUCAAAGUGGUUGGGGGGUUGGUGAAUUAAGAUUAGGGUCUGCUUGCAUCACAGCAUUCCUUUCUGAACCCUAAUUUCGCAUACUGUGUUACUGUAAGAACUGCGAGUGACCUCAUUCUGUUGCUCUGCUGAUAGGCACUCAGUCUGUAAGAAGAAGUCAAGAAAUGGCUUUGAGUCCGGCUUGUACUAUCCUUCAAUAUAUGGAUGGCUUGAUAAAUCUGAGUUUCGAAAACUGCAAAUCUGACUUUAUUUUGAAUAUGCAUUUGGCUCUUGGGGUUCCAUUAUUUUUUCAGGCUUCUGUAUUGCAAACCAACAUCUUGCCUGUUGUGCCUUUCUGCACCAUUUGCCACAACUGCCUGCUAUUACCAAGGGAGUCUAAUCUUUUGGGCUGAUCCAACAAUAUCAUUUGUUAUAUGCCUAGGUAUUCCUGCAUAUACUGCCGAAUAGCAGUGUUUAAUUUGACGACGACAGAUCCUAUUCACUUUUUCUCCGUUUCUCAGAUGAAAAAUUGGGUCCAGCUCUGUGGUUGUGAAUGUCAACAGUGAGCAAACUGUGAUGCUUUUCUGUUUGGGUGUGACAACUGUCAUUCAUGUCUUCAUAAUUCAGAGGCUUGAUUAUUGCUGAGCAUUCCACAUUUCAGUUCUCUUGAAGAGUGUACAGAGACUUCAGCUAGUUCAAGCAUGUGUGAGUCCACUGCAUUCUCACCCUUAGCAACUGAUGUCAUCUGCACUGCUUUCUUGAAAAUGCCAGCUCUGAACUUCAGUGUCCAGGGAUAAUUAAUAUCUUCCAUAUUUCAAAACUAUUUCACCUGUCUCUUGAAUUCCAAAAUCUAAAAUAGACUAAUGUAUGUCAGAUGGAAGACUGUCUGAUUAUAUCACAUUGUUGAAAGCAUACCAUGAAAUUAUAGGAAGGUAUUUCUAAUGGCUUGUGCACAUGAGUGAACUUCUUUUUGUGAUGACUGUUCAAAGCCUGAGCCAACUACCUUUUGGAAGCAGUGUGUAAUGACUACUCUAUUUGUACUGACUUUGUGUUGUGGGUAUUAAGCCAAUAUCAACAAUAUUUGUUAUGAUUAUGUUCAUUGUAUUUCUAAUUUGUAUUUUAUAUGUUCUGAUACCUGUCCUAAAGUUUCAAUAGUGGUUAAAUCUGAAUAAAGAAAUAAGGUGUAUGUCA